AUGGAAGGAAUAACCCAACUGAAAACAGGUAAAUUGGUCUCUCUAUCCGAACAAGAGCUUGUGGACUACAACACCAGUGGUCAGGAUCAGGGAUGUGAGGGCGGUCUUAUGGACGACGCCUUUGAUUUCAUCCUAAACAAUAAAGGCCUUACUACAGAGAGCAAAUACCCGUAUAAAGGAGUCGAUGGCACCUGCAACAGCAACGAGGAAUCUAACCAUGCUACAGCGAUUACGGGUCAUGAAGAUGUUCCUGCUAAUAAUGAAAGUGCACUUUUGAAAGUUGUAGCUAGUCAGCCUGUUUCUGUGGCCAUUGAUGCUAGUGGGUCCGACUUCCAGUUCUACUCUAGCGGGGUGUUUACAGGAGAAUGUGGUACUGAACUAGACCAUGGUGUUACUGCGGUUGGUUAUGGAGCGAGUGUAGAGCAUAUAUAG